AUGAAAUCUUUCAUUAGUUGCGCCGUUUUUGCUGUCAUCAUAUCCACGGUAACCUGUGCUCCACAGUUUGGAUUUGGAUCGUCCGGAGCUGGAGCCAACGCAGCAUCGCAAGGCAUGGGCAUGAGUGGUGGAUUUCCCGGCAUGGGUGGUGGAAUGACCUCCUCAAAUGCAAACGCUGGUGCUCAAGGCUUCGGAAUGGGCGGUGGAUUUCCCGGAAUGGGUGGAGGCAUGGGCUCCUCUUCAGCAAAUGCAGGCGCUGGUUCUCAAGGAAUGGGCGGAGGCUUUCCCGGAAUGGGAGGCGGCAUGAGUGCAUCGAAUGCAAACGCUGGAGCACAAGGAAUGGGAUUCAGCGGAUUCGGUAGAUAA